ACCAACUGUUUGUUGAAAAAUUUGGCGGGCAAUUGAGAGAAAUUCAAAUAAGGAGCAAAACCCUAGCGGCCCCAUCGCUUCCCUCUCUCUCUCUCUCUUCACACGCACUCUCUCUCUCUCCCUAAAACUUCCUCUCCUUAUGAAAUUUGGCACUUUCAAUUUUCUUUUUGGCUUUGUUUUUCACACGGAAUAUCUGCUAAUUUAUGGCCGGAAGAUCAAUUGAAUACGAUUUGGAGAUCUUGAAUCUAUGAUCAUGUUUUAAAAUUUCAAGUUUGAUGGCUGCGUGAGGAAUAAUUAUUAAGAAACUUGGAAUAGGGUCAGGGGAAAAAGGGGUUGUAAGUUAGUUUAAGGGACAAUUUCGAAUAGUUGAAGGAAUAAAAGAAAGAGUGCCAAAAAUAUGGGAAAAGUGUCUCCAAAAGAUAGGGAAUUUAAGACAGCUAAGAAGAACAGGCGAUUGAAGAGUUCAAGCAGUAAGUAUCUGAAACCAGGCACUCUUGCUCAGCUUCGAUACAGCAAGGCUUCGGCUGCCAAGUUGUGUACCGAUCUUGGGAGGAAAAGGGUGGCUGUAUUAGAUGCCAAGAAACCAGAGGAUGAUAAUCUUUUGAUUGAAAAUACGGUUAUUGAGAGAAGCCCUUUGAUGUUAUCGCCCGUAGAUUUGCACAAACAGAAUAGUAUGGUGAGGACUCCAAAGACACCUCGACCAGAAGACUUCGAAUCAGAGUCAAGGCUUGAGUCUCUUCCUAUGGAUUUACUGGUUAAAAUACUUUGUCACUUGCAUCAUGACCAGCUGAGGGCGGUUUUUCAUGUUUCACAAAGGAUAAGAAAGGCUGUUUGCCUUGCAAGGCAAUUUCACUUUAAUUACACAACACCUGAUCGCUCCAGGCAGGAGAUGCUGAGUACAAUGACACCAAGGCCAACAGAACACUGGCCCUUUAUGAGCAAGGGUGAUGGGAAAAGUAUUUUGAUGCGGAGCCCACACACUCCAAAAGCUCCAAGGCAUGGUCCACGGCCACCUUCUCGUGUUAAAGUCACUGAGCUGAGGCAAAUUGCUGCUGUGCUCUUCCAGGAUUCAGGAUUCCCAUCCAGAUGCAUGGUACCGUCUGUUAUCCCAAAGCCAUUAUGCAAAUCUUUGGCUUCCAAUAGAGUGCUAUUCUAUGAGGAUGAGUUAUGCCAGGCUGUUGCUCAAAAUAAGCUUCGUUGAUUUUCUU